AUGAGCACAACCGCAAACUCCCUCCAUGUUCUCAUCGUCGGAGGCGGCAUCGGUGGCCUCACCGCCGCCAUCGCCCUCCGCAAACAGGGCCAUCAGGUUGAAAUCUUCGAGCAAUCCCGUCUGGCCACCGAGACCGGGGCCGCGAUCCAUCUUGCCCCGAAUGCCAACGGAGUCCUGAAACGCUUGGGCAUUUUUGCCGAACGGGGGGGUGCGAAUCCAAUGGAGAGGUUGACGGAAUAUACGGACGGGGGCAAAUUGAAAAGGUCCAUGGACUUGACCGAGGACAACAAGCGAUGGCAGCAUGAAUGGCUGCUGGCCCACCGGGUCGACCUGCACAACCAGUUGAAGGAGGCUGUCCAGACCCCUGCCGAAGAUGGCUCCGUGAUCGCCUUCCACACGGCCAGCCGGGUAACUUCCGUGGACGCCGCGACGGGAACGGUGGUCUUGGCCGACGGGAGCCAGCAUACAGGCGAUGUGAUUGUCGGCGCGGAUGGCGUUCAUUCCGUCACCCGAUCCGCUCUUCCGGGAGCGCACACGGUCCGCGCCGAGGCCAGUGGCAAGAGCGCAUUCCGAUUCCUCGUGCCGCGUAACGCAGCCCUGGCUGACCCCGAGACGGCCGGCUUUUGUACCAGGCCGGGGGAGCUGUGCAUCUGGUACGGGGCGGAUCGGCGGAUCGUGCUGUACCCAACCUCACACAACAGCGUGCUGAACUUUGUGCUCAUCCAUCCGACGGAGGAGUCUGCCGAGGAAGCCGAACGGGGAGGCGAGGCCGAGGGGAGGGAAACCUGGGGACAGCAGACGCACAAUCUGGAUCGGAUGCUGCAGGUCUACGCCGGCUUCGAUCCCGCCAUCCUCAAGCUGCUGGCCAAGGCGGAUCCUCAGAGCGUGCGGGUGUGGAAGUUGCUGGACAUGGCCGAGAUCCCGAGCUGGCAUACGGAGCGUCUCGCCCUCCUCGGAGACGCCGCCCACCCGUUCCUCCCGCACCAGGGCCAGGGGGGCGGCGUCGCCAUUGAAGACGCCGCCUCGCUGGCCGUGGUGCUGCCGGCGGACGUGAGCGCCGAAGAGGUCCCUGCCCGGCUGGCGCUGUACGACGAGAUCCGGCACGGCCGCGCCACACGCAUCCAGCAGUAUUCCCGACUCGCCGGACAGGAUAGAGCCGACGGAGAUGCGCGGUCCGUCGCCAAUGGCAACACCGGCAAGGCGGCGUUUGAUAUGUACGGCUUCACAGACUACAACUUUGGCCACGACGAAUGGGACAACUCCACGCAGCGGCUGCGCGAAUGGACCUGGAACAGGAUGGAAUCGCCCUACUGGCGCAUGCCGAUUGCCUUUGGGCCGAUGCCUGGCCCCCGGCAGACGCACCUGGGCCUCCCGCGCGACGGCACCCGGUCGACCUUUACCACGGCGUCGAUCCGGUUCAAGACCUCGCGGACCGUGCUGCAGAAUCUCUUCCCGCCCGGACGAAGUGGCUGGCGGUUCACGGCGCCGGACACGGUAGCGUAUGCGUCCUUUGCGCAGACGACGCUCAACAAGAUGCACUGGCUCGGGGGCUCGGGAUACAAGCAUUUCGGCCUGUACGUCCAUGGGGUUGAGUAUGUGGGCUCCCCGGACGGCACCGUCGUGCGGGGGACAUACAUGCCCAUCCUGUUUGAGUCGCUGACGGACCCGAUUGUGUCGGGCCGUGAGGAACUCGGCAUGCCGAAGCUGUACACUUCUGUUGACGUCUACCGGCGGGAACACUCGUAUCGGAUCCGUACCGGCUGGGAGGGCGCGCAAUGGGGCAACUUCCUGCUCCAGGAUCUGCAGCAGCUACAGGGCAAGGAUGCCUUGGAGAGUGCGCGGGGGGGUAUCAGCGGGGAGAACGAUGCGGGUAUUCUCGUCUACAAGUAUAUCCCCAAGACCGGGCGGCAGAACAAGAACGUCGCGGCGGAGGAAUAUCCGGUCUUUGAUCCCUUUGCCGAAGCUGUGCCCACCCCGCAGCCAAAGAGGGUCUAUACCACGUCCAAGGCCAGCUUCUCCAUCGACCCCUUGGACUGGGAGCAGCUGCCCACCAUGCACCACAUCAUCGCACGUCUGGCAGAACUGCCGGUCUACGAGAUUGUGGGGGGGAAGGUUGUCGAGGGCGAGGGGGUCCCGGAUGUAUCUGGAGCGAGGCCGAUUUAGUAGAAGUGCAAGAGGAUAGUACAAUCGAAUGGUAUCAAUCAGAUCAGCAGAAUGAUAAAUGUUAUGUUCAGGAGUCGCUGCAUCUUACAUCUGCUUCUAUGUUUUGAAAAGCAAAUUCCAAUGCUUAGAAUUAUCAGUCAACGAUAGAACUUGAG